AGCAGCCGCAGCAGCAGCAUGCGCGUCCGGAGCAUCUUGACGAUCUCGAUGCAUGCGUCCGGCGUCGGGGACCUCGGCGUGCUCCCGGGCUCGAUCGCCGUCACCUGCGGCGAGGAUGGCUACGUCCGCUUCACGGACCUCACGACGCUCAAGGAGCUCAAGGCCAUGAUCCUCGACUCGGACGAUGGCACGAUCCCGUCGGUCGCGGUGAGCGGCAGCGAUAUGUUUGUCGCCACGUCCGACAACUACGUGCUCAACCGGUACAGCGUCAGCGCUGGCGCCAAGCCCAAGUUUGAAGGCUGCUUCCUCCGCUGCACCGAGGACAUCAAGCACGUCGACUGCUCUACAAGCUACGUCGGCGUCGUGAGCGAGGACACGCAGAGCCGGAUCGUGUCCCGCGCCAACAUGGAGCGCCUCCUCCUCCUCGACGGGCACAAGGAAGUCGCGAAAAGCAUUGCGAUGGACCCGAUGGAGACGUAUGUGGCGACGUCGGGCGCCGACAGCACGGUGCAGAUCUUUGACAUUGCGCACAUUGACGACGACACGGUCGAGGUUUCUGCGCUCAAGAGCCUUCCGCUCCAGUACCAGAAUGGCAUGAAGGACGACGACGUGCUCUGCCGCAUCGCCUGGGCGCCAAUCGACGGGCGCCUUCUCGCCGUGCCGCUGCGCACCAACACGCUCGGCCUCUACGCACGCGACUCGUGGGCACUGGUCCACAAGCUUGUGUUUCCGAGCACCGAUGGGAUCGUGGCCGCCGACAUCAACGUCGUGGGCUUCUCGCCCAACGGCCGCUACGUCGCCGCCGCCUCGAUGGCCCGCCAGGUAUUUGUCUGGUCGGUGGCGACGCAGGAGUGCAUUGCCGUCUACGAAGUCGAGGACGCGGUCAUGGCCCUCUCGUGGCUGGCCGAUGCCAACGGGAUCGCACUCCUCUUGGCUUCUGGCAACGUCGGGUACGCCGAGAACGUUGCGCCCGACGCAUGCGAUACCGCAGCUGCCCCUUCUCUGGCUCUGACGACCGUACCUACUGUCGUGGUGCCCGAGGUGCCUGCGCCCAUCGUGCCGCCUGCACCCACGGUGCUGCCAACGCUCGAGAGCGCUUCCGAAGACGAAGACCCAGACAUGCAGGUGAACGCGAUCAAAGCGAGCUUUGGCUUUGGCCAAGACAUGACCAUUCUGCCGGCGGUCGCGGCGCCCCUCGAGUCGUCGGCGCCGCCAUCGCCACGUGGCGCUUUGCCGUCGCACGUCUCGCCCUUGGUGUUCGCCAAGCCGUUGGCGCCGCCAUUUCAAAGCGGUAGCAUUCUCAGCGGGCCCGUGACGCUCCUCGCGUGGUCGCCGCUCGGCGAGAUCGAGCGACUGCCCUCGACCGACGACCACUUGAUUCAAGUGAGUUUUGCCGACAAGAACCGUCGCGGGUUUAGGUUUACCGACUCGUACGGCUUUCUCCUGGCGGCCUUUGAUACCCACGGCGCGUUCUUUGCGUCGCCAAAGACCGACGACGACCACAGCGUCCUCUUCUACCGCCGCUUCGAGUCGUGGGCCGCCAACGCCUCGUGGCACGCGCAGCUCCCGCUCGACGAAGACGCGCUCUGCGUCGCGACCGCCGACCACUUUUGCGCGGUCGCCACGUCGCUCAACAUCUUGCGGCUGUACACGACGGCCGGCAUUCCGUACGGGUCCUUCUCCCUCCGCGCCCGCGUGCUCACGAUGGCGGCGUCCGGCCCGUACUUGGCCGUCGUCACCCAGGUGGCCCGCGAAGCCUGCCUCCAUGUCGAUGUGUACAAGCUCCCGUUUCAACGGCAUGCGCCCCGCGUCGCCGUCGUCGCCUCAAGCCCGCUCCCGCUCUCGCCGCAAACCGACCUGCGCUGGCUUGGCUUUAACGACGCCCACAUGCUCUUUGCGGUCGACAGCCUCGGCGUGCUGCACGUGCUUAGCCACGGCAUGGGCGACCAGUGGACGCCGCUCGGGUCGCCGGGCCCGCACGUCUUUGCGCUCGGGUUCCUCCGCGAUACGCUGCUGUACAUUCCGCUACCCGAAGACAUGGAGGCGCCCCGCCUCGCACGCAAGAACCGGCCAGUGCCAUCGACCUUCGUGCUGGGCAGUGUGCCCGAGCGCCUCGACAAGACCAUGAGGCUAUACCCGUACCACAAGGUCGAACACCUGGCUUGGCUUGGCAGUCCCGACCUCGUGACGGAGCAAGCGUCGAUGGACAAGCAGCUCCUCGUGAUGGUCAAGGACGCGUGUGCGAGUGACAUGCCGGCGCGGGCCCUCGAUCUCGCUAAGUGCUUCAUGCUCGAGAAGAGCCAUACGAUCGCGCAGACGAUCGCGACGCACUUUGGCAUGCGGCAGCUUGGCGCGCAGCUGGAGGCGCUCUACGAAGCCUUUGUCGAGGCGCCGCGUCUCGAGACGGAGACGCAUACGUAUUCGAUGCCGAGCUAUGCGCGGCCGACGUCGCCACCCCGGCGACAGCGCAACUUUAUGCCACCGCUCAAGCAACUCGUGACCGACCAAGCCGACGAGCCGCAGCGCAAUGAAGACGAGCAAGUGGACGACGUCUCGGCAGACGAGCGACGCGCUACGUUGCAGGAGGCGCCGCACACGCCACCGCGCGCGCCAGCACCGAUGCGCACGAACCCGUUCUUCAAGGGCAGCCAGGACGGGAAGCGGAAGGCGGCGCCAGGGUCCCUCGAUACACUCAAGUCGCCACCGCCCAAGAAGAAGGCGAUCGGGUCGCUCUUUGCGCGCAAGUAGUCGACGACGCUCAUCUCUCUUCUCGCUUCCUUGUACGAAGCUAAUAAUGCUUGCUCUACCCCGUCUGCGGAGCAUGCAGGACAAAGAAGAUGUGCGGAGGAACGUCCAUGAGAGU